AAAUUAGAAAGAGCGGGAGUGGGUGCAGAAUUCGAUCGACGGCCGGAGUGACCUGAGAAAUUGGGAGGAGACCGGCGGGAAAGGGAAACCUAUAAAUAAGAAAGUGUCGCCAGUCUUGAUCGUGUUGGCCGGCGUCGCAAUCGGAAAGGAGAGGGGAUGCCAUGCCAUGCCGGUUGGGAAGUAUUACUGCGACUACUGCGACAAGCAGUUCCAGGACACCCAUUUUUCCAGAAAGCGCCAUCUUCAGGGCCUUCAGCAUCUCCGCGCCCGAGCUCUUUGGUACGACUCCAUUCGCUCCUCCUCAUCAUCAGAGUCGACCCAGACCUACGCGGAAGGAAUCCUCAAAGGAGCCUGCAAUCGCUUCCUCAAAACGGGUUUUUGCCCAUAUGGUGAUUCCUGCAAAUAUGUCCAUCCCAAGAACAUUCGAGGUCCGAACAGUCAGCUUCCACCGGAAAACAAGCAGGCAGCAAUGAUCUUGGGGAGUCAGUUGGCUGCAGGAGCCUUGUCCCAAGGUGAUGUGGUCACAAAUAUUAUGGGGAUCGCGUGGGGCAAUCUUCCACCAUCACUGAAGCCUCCCCCGGAGGGUGGAUAUCCACCAUUGCCCUUCCUGGACUGGGGUUAAGUCCAAUUAUCUCAAGUCGCUUCCCCAAGAUAAUACCAUAUAUUGAUUCCUGUGAUCGCGUGACCUUACUUACUAUAAGCAAGCAAGCAGCUCGUGAAAGAUCUCAAAAGUAUGUCUUUUCAGGGUUGUAUGUACUGUGUUCAUCUUAAGAUCUGACAUGAAUUAUUUGAGUUAAGCUAGCGCUCUUUCUAUGAUAUUGUUGAGGGCCGCACAAACAAAUGCUUUUCGAUCUUUUGAGCAUUGAUAUAUGAUCUCUUUUAUUUUAUUUUCUUUU